AAUAAACGAUCUACCGAUGUAAUCAGGUGAAGGCCAAAUAGGUAGCUAUGUCUGUGUUUUUGACCGUAUUAAAUGCAAUUCAUACAUAGUUCAAGGCAACGUUCGCAGUCGAAUCAACUACAAUCCAUUUUUUGAAUGAUAGUCGACACAUUCAUUCAUUGUUUGGUUUGGCAUGUGGUGUCGCAUGACAACAGUCAACACAAGGUCGCAUGACAACACAAGGUUUCCAGAGGGCACAGCUGGUUUGAUGCCCGCGGCUCCACAAUGGAGCUAUCUGACUCGGUCACACAUAAGAACGGGCGGCAGAGGAAACCCGCUGUCCCCCAGGGGGACAUGAGGGACGGGAACAGGGUUCACAACACCACCCCUGACCUGGAGGAGGAGGGGGAAGCGUUGCUUCAAGGAUCUGACACGGAGAACAACGGACAUCCCAGUGUGCAACCUGGGAUCAGAGGGGAGCUGGGGAACGUAUCUCUGCUGCUCUUCCUGUAUGUCCUCCAGGGCAUCCCUCUGGGCCUGGCCGGGAGCAUCCCUCUCAUCCUGCAGAGUAAGAACGUCAGCUACAAGGACCAGGCCUUCUUCAGCUUUGUCUUCUGGCCCUUCAGUCUCAAGCUGCUGUGGGCCCCGCUGGUUGACGCGCUCUACCUGACCGGGUUUGGACGCCGGAAGUCGUGGCUGGUGCCCACCCAGUACCUGCUGGGUCUCUUCAUGCUGUACCUGUCGGUUACCGUGGAUACGCUGCUGGAAAGUGAUGAGGGACAGGGCCCCGAUGUGAUGACCCUGACGGCGGUGUUCUUCAUGCUGGCCUUUCUGGCAGCCACCCAGGACAUAGCAGUGGAUGGCUGGGCUCUGACCAUGCUGUCUAGGGAGAACGUGGGCUACGCCUCCACCUGUAACUCUGUGGGACAGACUGCUGGCUACUUCCUAGGCAACGUGCUCUUCCUGGCCCUGGAGUCAGCUGACUUCUGCAACAAAUACCUGAGAGCAGAGCCUAAAGAGACUGGCAUCGUGACACUGUCAGACUUCCUGUUUUUCUGGGGCGUGGUGUUCCUGGUGUCGACCACGCUGGUGGCCGUUCUGAAGAAGGAGAACGCCAGGGGACAGCACGGGAGGAAGAAGGUCCGGGAGGAGACGCAGAGCGUCAUGGAAACAUACAAACUGCUGGUUUCCAUCAUCAAGAUGCCUGCCGUGUUCACCUUCUGUAGCCUGCUGCUCACUGCUAAGAUGGGUUUCUCUGCAGCAGACGCAGUGACCGGUCUGAAGCUGGUAGAGGCAGGUGUUCCUAAAGAGCAGCUGGCGUUACUGGCCGUCCCCAUGGUUCCACUGCAGGUACUACUACCACUCAUCAUCAGUAAAUACACCGCAGGACCACGACCACUAGACAUCUUCUACAAGGCCUUUCCCUUCAGGUUGUUGAUAGGUCUGGGCUAUGCUGUGUUGGUGUGGUGGACUCCCAGUUUAAAGCAGGAAGGUGGAUUCCCUCUCUACUACUACACUAUAGUACUGUUCAGCUACGCACUGCAUCAGGUGGCGCUGUACAGCAUGUAUGUGGCCUGUAUGGCUUUCCAUGCUAAAGUGAGUGACCCAGUGAUCGGUGGGACUUACAUGACCCUGCUGAACACUGUCACCAACCUGGGGGGAAACUGGCCCUCCACCCUGGCAUUGUGGAUGGUCGACCCACUCACCUCUAAGGAGUGCCAGGGAGCUGCUGGGCAGAGUUGUGGCUCCCCAGAGGAGACGGGGCUGUGUGUUAAGGAGGGCGGUGUGUGUGUGACGUCAUUGGAUGGUUACUAUGUGGAGUCGGUGGUGUGUGUGUUGAUAGGACUAACGUGGUGGGUGUGGCUAGGGAAGAGGAUGAGAAGGCUACAGGACCAGAGCCCUGCAGCGUGGAGGUGCAGGAUCGGCCAAUGACAACGUUCACCCAGCUCCUGACCUGCACCACCCCUUCCUGACCCCAGCAAGGCCAAUCGCCAGACAGCUACAGUCUGAUAUAAAAGCUUCUGUCAGCUCAGCCUUUGACCCUGGCCCGAACAUCACUUCCUCUCCCACUUCUGUUUCUGUCUUCCUCCAACUCUCUUUAUUUCUCUCCUUUCUCUGUCCGUCUCUCUCCUUCUCUGACUCUUCUCAGUGUCCCUCUUUUUUCCCUCCCCUCCCUUCUUCCCACCCUUUGCUCAGUGUAUAUAUUAUCCUUCAGCAGUCUUUCUUUGCGUUAACUGUGGUCCGGUCACCACAAGACUAUGGGCCAUAACGGUCAAUAACCACACUCUCUUGGAGAGUCAAGAAUGAUAUUUCUCCUUGCAACGUCACAUCCUCACCAUGGCUUCUGUGGGUGCCGCUUCAACUAUGUCCCAUUGGAAACAAAAGAAGGAACUAUUCUUCUUGCUAGGAAUAUUUACAGUAGACAUAGCUGCUCCUUCUCAAUCCACAUUGUCUGCUACUUAAACUAUUUAACUUUCUGUCACUGUUAUUUGUGCCUUGCUCUGUUCUUCAAAGACUCUGAUUUUAAAGUUGGUCGGAUAUUAAAAAAAGGCAUUCAUCAACGAACGGUCAUAAAAAGCAAACCACAUAUAUGGAUGGUUAAAUAUGAACUUUGAGAUGUACAGCCAAGACCUAGUUGAUAAAUAGGUCACAUUUCUUUGUGUAACAUGGAGUCAGAAAUCACAUUUCUAUUCUUGAUGCUCAUCUAUAGCCCCUUUGAAAGAAAUGCCUAAAUUAUAACAGUACUGUUUUAAUAUACACUGAGUGUACAAAACGUUAGGAACACCUUCCUAUUGAGUUACUAUGUUACACCUUCCUAAUGUUGAGUUGCACCCCCCCCCUUUUGCCAUGUU